AUGCAACAUCAAUAUAGAUACGUCCCCCCGGACCAAGAAGGCCUCACAAGCGGCAACAAGUUGCACAACAAGCACGCGCUCGGCGCCCGCGCACGCAACCUGCACAAAACGGGCUCCCUCACCGUGCGCUUCGAGAUGCCCUUCGCGGUGUGGUGCACGACGUGCAAGCCGCAUGAGACGCUCAUCGGGCAGGGCGUGCGGUUCAACGCGGAGAAGAAGAAGAUCGGCAAUUACCACAGCACCCCGAUUUACAGUUUCCGGAUGCGGCACCCGCAGUGCGGCGGGUGGAUUGAGAUCCGCACGGAUCCGCAGAAUACGGCGUAUGUUGUUGUUGAGGGGGGCGGAAGAGGGAGACUGGGGAGAAUGCGGGGGAGGAUGGGGGAGAGGUUGAGGGCUGGGACUGGGGCUGAUAAUCGGGAUCCGUUUGAGAGGGUGCAGGGGAAGGUGGAUGAUAAGAAGGCUGGGGAGGCGGAGAGGGGGAGGGUGGAGGAGCUUUAUUGGGGGCGGGAGAGGGAUUGGGCGGAUCCUUAUGCUGUGUCGAGGAGGGUGAGGAAGGGUUUCCGCGCGGAGAGGAAGAGCUUGGAGGUUAGGGCGAGGGAGAGGAGUGCGUUGGCGGAGAAGAUGAGUUUGGGGUUUGAGGUUGUUGAUGAGAGUGAGGGGGAUCGGGUGCGUGCUGGGUUGGUGGAUUUUGCGCCGUCUGCCUCCUCCGCUGGUGGGGUGCGGUCGAAACCGCUGUUUGAUCAGCGGCCUGUGUCGUCGUCUUCGUCAUCUGGAGCUAAUUCGCCGCGUCUUGGAAGAUCGAAGGAUAAACGCGCCAGGAGCAGGACACAGCUGCAGAGCGAGCUGACGGGGAAUACGCGCGCCGCGGUAGAUCCGUUCCUGGCGACGGAUGACAGCGAGUGGCGGCCGGAGAUCAAACGACGGAAACCGAACCAUACGAGUCGACUAGCUGCGACGAAUACCGCUACGAGUCCUGGUGCGCAAACAGAUGCAGAGGCAGAACAGCGCGCGUCAGGGUCCGAUAAUACGGACAAGGAUGCGUCUGGGGAGAAGCAGGCGGGUCCUGUGGCGUUGGUGGAUUAUGCGUCGGAUUCGCAGUGA